GAUGAAGACAUCGAGAGGCUUCUGAGAGACGAGCACCGGUUGUCACGGAUCCUCCUUGGCCCGCAAGCGCGGAGCUUGAAGCUCAUCGGGAGAAGCAACCCGCGAUAUCGCUGGGAACGGUAUUGGAAGACGGAAGAGCAGCUCAGUGCCAUGAAAAAGCCCAUACGUGAAUACUACCAGAGAACGAAUUCCCUGAUACAGCAGUACAUGUACAUCGACUGCCUUCUCGACUCGUCCAUCCCCCAUGAGCUAUUGAACGAGUAUGCGGACGAGCUCGAGGCCUCGGCUUUCAAACCUGUCGAUGUCCCUGAUACCAUUGCCGAAGAGACGCCACAAGCAUCCUACCAGACGCCGUCACAUCUCGACCAAGUUGCCGGCUCAUACGGCUCGGUCAACAACAUCACCAGUGGGAAAAGUAGUAGCUCAUCCUCUACGCUCAAGGCGCCGGCACACCCCCAAAGGCGAACACCCAAAGACAUUUUCCGCUCUUCCGAAAAUCUGCCCCUACUACAACACCAGGGCGAUGAAGAGAAUGAGCCACACUCGCGACCGCAGACCCCCGAGCUGGUUAUUUUGCCCAAGGAAGCUGGACCGCGGCCGAAUCUGCCGUGGCUGGAGGACGGCGACCUAGACCAUGACGACCCUAUUGUGACACUGGCCAUAUGGAUCAACCUCGUUGCAAACAUCAUCCUCCUGGCAGGCAAGAUUGCCGUCAUCAUCUCUGUUCCCUCCAUGUCCGUUCUUGCGGCUCUGGUAGACGCAGUUCUGGACUUGCUGAGUACUGCCAUCGUCUGGACCACUACAAGGCUGAUCUCGUCAAGCCAGAGGGAUCAACACAAUUACCCCGUUGGGCGGUCACGGCUGGAACCUCUGGGAGUCCUGGUCUUCUCGGUCAUCAUGAUAACCUCCUUUUGCCAGGUUAGCCUGCAAUGUAUCCAGCGGCUUGCUGGGCCUGAGCACAAAGUUCUCCAACUGAGCAUGCCGGCCAUCAUCAUCAUGAUCUCGACGAUUGUCAUCAAGGGCGGCUGCUGGCUGUGGUGUCGUCUCGUCAAGAACUCGAGCGUCCGCGCCUUAGCCGAUGAUGCGAUGACGGAUGUCAUAUUUAACAUUGGCUCCAUUCUGUUUCCUUUGGUGGGCUUCUAUGGCCACAUCUGGUGGCUCGACGCUUCCGGCGGUCUCUUGCUCUCUCUCUUUGUCAUCUUCAUCUGGAGCCGCACCUCAGCUCAGCACAUCCGCAACCUCACGGGCUUCUCCGCCCAGCCCGACGAGCGCAACCUCCUCCUUUACCUCACGAUGCGCUUCGCCACGGCCAUCCGCCAGAUUCAGAACCUGCGUGCGUACCACGUGGGCGAUAAGCUCUUCGUGGAGGUGGACAUUGUGCUCUCGGCCAACACGCCGCUCAAGGACAGCCACGACCUGAGCGAGGUGCUGACCUAUUUCCUCGAGUCAGUGCCCAUCGUAGACAGGGCCUUUGUGCACGUCGACUAUCUAAGCUACAACGCACCGACGCACAUGCUCAAGCAG